AUGUCAGUUCAAGAUUUUGAAAUUUUGUCAAAGCUUGGAGAAGGAGCAUUCUCAACUGUAUAUAAGGUCCGUCGAAAAUCUGAUGGCCAAGUAUACGCGCUGAAAAAAGUCAAAUUCUCAUCACUUAAUCAGAAAGAAAAAGAAAACGCUGUAAAUGAAAUCAGAAUUAUGGCUUCGUUUAGUCAUCCUAAUAUUAUCAGCUAUAAAGAAGCUUUUAUUGAUGAAGAAACUAAUACUUUAUGCAUUGUUAUGGAACUAGCUGAGCACGGAGACUUGCUGAAUAAAAUAAAGGCUCAUAAAGAAGAAGGGACGCAUUUUCCAGAAACAGAAAUUUGGGAUAUUCUAAUUCAAAUCGCAAAAGGGCUUAGAGCUCUGCAUGACUCAAAAAUACUGCACAGGGACCUAAAAGUAACCGUUAUUUAGUGUGCGAAUAUAUUUUUAGCGAAAGACGGAGUUGUUAAGCUUGGAGAUUUAAAUGUUUCUAAGGUAAACAAAUCUGGAAUGGCCCACACACAAACAGGGACUCCAUAUUAUGCUAGUCCUGAAGUAUGGAAAAACCAGCCUUAUACAUAUUCUUCAGAUAUAUGGUCAUUCGGCUGUGUAUUAUAUGAAAUGGCAGCUUUGCUGCCUCCAUUUACAGCAACUGAUAUGCAAGGGCUCUAUAGGAAAAUUAUAAAAGGAAUGUACCCUAAUAUCCCUCAGAUUUAUUCUUUGGAUCUUGCAAAUGUUAUUAGGGUCACUCUGCAAGUAAGUCCAAGCUUAAGGCCAUCAUGUGACAAAAUUUUGGAAAUACCAGCAGUCGCUAAACAUAUGAAUCAGAAAGAAAUGAAAGAAACGGAAAGCGCAGGAGCUCUACUUGGAACGAUAGCUCUUGCUGCGAACUAUAAGAAUUUGAAGCUGAAUCUUCCAAAAGCAAAGUAUGAGCCUAAAGAAAGAGGGCUAAGUGCUGAUGCUCCGAGGCCUAUUGAGUUUUCUCAUAGAGAUUUAGCAGAUAUUGAAUGAAAACCAAGGGUGUUAGUCAGUGCGAGAAGACAUGAUAGACCUAAGCUUGGAAAAAACAUUGUAGAAGCCUUGAAUUUGCAAAAAUUACCUCCAUUGAAUGAUAAAGACGCCCCUUUAUCAAGCAGAAGGAAUAUGCUUCCAAAGCCAUCCCCAAGAGGUAUAGCCAUUCCUACUGCAGAAUUAUUAGAACAAAAUAACAUCCCACUAUACAGAGCUGCAUCUAAGCCAGAAAUGCCUUCAAAUUGCCAGCACAAAAUCAAUGUUGAAGAAGCGCCUCUCCCAAUGCAUGAUCGGAAAUUAAGUCCUAUUGAGCAAAAUCCUAUGAAUUUAUUGGUGUCUCCGCCAAAAAUUGUAUUACCAAGCCCAGCAAGUCUUCAUAAGAAUAUGAAUAGGGUUGCUUCCUUAAUUUUAGGGACACCAAAAGAAAAUCACCCUAAGCCUGAGCCGCCUCCUUUUCCAAACCCAAGUGAAGUCAAUAAGCUUGUAAAUGGGCAAAACCCAAUAUUCCAUCCACAUCCUGUGAUUCAUCAUCGAGCAGGCAGGCCUGGCAGAGUAGUAUGGUGGAACUAG